CCGGAGCCCGGGGCUGCGCGGUGUCCUGGCACCCUGCCCCGGGCGCGAGGGGGCGGGACUGCGCCGCGGUUUCCCUUUGGGGUGCAUGGCCGAGGUGCAGGGCUUCACGGAUUGAGCUGCGUUUCCCAGGGCUUGGGCAUUCUUGAGGUCAUCUGUACAUUCUGCCUGGGAAAAGAUGGUCAACGUCUUGAAAGGAGUGCUUAUAGAAUGCGACCCUGCCAUGAAGCAGUUCCUGCUGUACCUGGACGAGUCCAGCGCCCUCGGGAAGAAGUUCAUCAUUCAAGACAUCGACGACACGCACGUCUUCGUCAUAGCAGAGCUGGUUAAUGUCCUGCAGGAGCGAGUGGGGGAACUGAUGGACCAAAAUGCGUUCUCUCUUACCCAGAAGUAAAAAUACCAGACACUGAGUACCUAGUCAUUAUAGGCCACAAAUGUGAAAGACCGUUCCCAUUCAGGAGCUGGGUGUCCAUGAGUCUACUGGGUAUUGUGGGAAAGACUAAAGGAUCAUUUGCUUGGACAAAAAUCCACAGAAUGAAAUUUGUUGUACAAAAAAAUAAUAAUUAACAAUUGACUAUCAUUUGGGUUUUAUUAUCCUUUAUUAAAAUGUUGUCUCU